CGGACUCCCCGCGCCACAGCCGCUGCAGUUCCCUCCACUGUGGUGGCCCCGCGGCCCUGCGGGGAGUCCGGGGGUCGGCUGGACGCUCGGACUUGGUGCAGAGCCGGCCCCGCCUCUCCCUUCUUCAGUGGGGCCUAGACGGUCGGGGCCGCGGUGACAUGGAGCCCUCUCCUGCCACAGGGGGCUCGGAGACCACUCGCCUGGUGAGCCCCCGGGACCGCGGCGGCGCCGGUGGCGGCCUGCGCUUGAAGAGUCUCUUCACAGAGCCCUCGGAGCCCCUCCCUGAGGAACCUAAACCUGAGGAGAUGCCCUUCCACCAUUGCCACAGGGACCCCCUGCCCCCGCCGGGCCUCACCCCCGAGAGGCUGCAGGCGCAGAGGCAGCUGUGUGCGGCCUGUGCUGUGUGCUGCGUCUUCAUGGCCGGGGAGGUGGUCGGUGGGUAUUUGGCGCACAGCCUGGCCAUCAUGACAGAUGCAGCCCACCUCCUGGCGGAUGUGGGCAGCAUGAUGGGCAGCCUCUUCUCCCUUUGGCUCUCAACCCGUCCAGCCACCCGCACCAUGACCUUUGGCUGGCACCGCUCAGAGACUCUGGGGGCUUUGGCCUCCGUGGUCUCCCUCUGGAUGGUCACUGGCAUCCUCCUGUACCUGGCCUUCAUCCGCCUGCUGCACAGCGACUACCACAUCGAGGGGGGUGCAAUGCUGCUGACCGCCAGCAUCGCAGUCUGUGCCAAUCUGCUAAUGGCCUUUGUGCUGCACCAGGCCGGGCCCCCCCACAGCCACGGGUCUAGGGGGGCGGAGUAUGCACCGCUGGAGGAGGGGCCGGGGGAGCCCCUGCCCCUGGGGAACACCAGCGUCCGGGCAGCCUUUGUGCAUGUGCUGGGGGACCUCCUGCAGAGCCUUGGGGUACUGGCCGCCUCUGUCCUCAUCUACUUCAAGCCUCAGUACAAGGCAGCUGACCCCAUCAGCACCUUCCUCUUCUCCAUCUGUGCCCUCGGAUCCACAGCUCCCACCCUCCGAGAUGUUCUUCGUGUCCUUAUGGAAGGUUCCCCCCGAAGUGUGGGGUUUGAGCCCGUGCGGGACACGCUGUUGUCGGUGCCAGGAGUCCGGGCAACUCAUGAGCUGCACCUGUGGUCCCUUACGCUCACUUACCAUGUUGCCUCCGCACACCUGGCUAUUGACUCCACGGCCGACCCUGAAGCUGUCCUGGCUGAAGCCACAUCCCAGCUCCACUCCCGGUUUGGAUUCUCCAGCUGUACCCUGCAGGUUGAGCAGUACCAGCCCGAGAUGGCCCAGUGCCUGCGCUGCCGGGAGCCCCCCCAGGCCUGAGCCGAGGCCCUGCCCUCACCCCACUGCCAGGCCCUGGCUCAGCCCUGGACUCUCAGUACCUGCCUCCCCGCUCUCCGAAAAGGGACAGAACUGGGCCCAUACCCCUUCCUCUCUCCCUCCUUCCACCUGCCGGCGCCCCAGCCCCCAGCCCCAGUGGGCAAGACCAAAGUGGGUGUGGGGGGCGGGCAGGAGUCAGGCUGAAUGGGAAUCAAUUGGUGGGGGUGUGUAGAAGCCCCUCAGUCCCCACUCUAUGGUCUGGGGAGCACAGGCGUCCUCUCCAUGCAGUUCAUUUGUCUGUGUGGCAGGCUGGCUGGCUGGCUGGCUGGGGGCAUCUGCCUGUCUGUGUGCUGUUGGUGUGCCUAUGCCUGGGGGAGGUCAGCAGGGGCCCCCUCCCCACGUGGCCCUCGCUCUGUCUAUGCAGGAGCCCCAAAGCCCGCACUUUGUCCGUGUGUUCUAGCCCUGUGGUUUUGUCUCCGUGUGUGUGUGUUUCUUGGUGCUGUGGCCUGUGUGUCUCUGUGCCUAUGUGGCUGUGCUAUAGUCUCUCUGAGUCUGCACCAUCCAUGUGUCCUUUUGGGGGUCUGUCUGUCCAUCCCUCUGUUGGUGCUGUGCCCUCGGCUAUCCCAGAGAGAGGGAGGACUCCGCUGCAGCUCCACCAAUAAACUUGUGUCUAACUGCA